AUGAAUAUGGUCAGGAACGAUCUGGCCAAGACCUAUAAGAAGCUGGCCCAAACCCAGGACUCGCUUGUCUCCCUCAAUGCUCAGGCAGAGGAGUUGGGUACGGAGGUGGCCACCAGGGAAAAUGAUAUCUCGGAUCUCAACGCUGUUAUCGCUCGCCUUACCAAAGAGGCCAUGAAGCUGCGUAAGCAGAAGAAGACGGUAACUAUUGACCUGAACGCGCAGAACUUGGAGAAACAAGCCCACAGCCGCAGUCGUGACGAUGACACCGACGAUCGUGGUGAUACCGACCGGGAAGCGGUCGGCUGUCGGCAAAAGAAAAGGACCCGCCCUAUUUUUACAAUGAGAAAGACAAUGGACACGGUUACCUUCGGUGUGUGGUACUGCCGCAUCCAGAACAAGCUGAAGCUUAACGCCGAUCACUUUCUCGACGACGAAGCCAAAAGAAUGUACAUCGAGAACCGUACGGCCGGCAAGGCCGCCCAAAAUUUGGAGCCAUACCUUGGAGACGGUCCGCACUGUCUCAAGACCUCCCAACAGCUGCUUGAUCACCUCAAGAGUGAGUACUACGACCACAAGCGCAAAGAGAAGGCAAUCCUCGAGUUCAACGAGUUACAGUUCAAGAUGAGUCAGGAUUUCCAGGACUUCCGCAACGCCUUUGUACGUCUAGCGGGGGAGUGCAAUCGCCCAGCCGAUAUCUGGAAGCAGGAGUUCAACUGGAAACUCCCUACCGAUAUCCAGAACGCUCUCCUUUUCGGAUAUAGCGAAGACACUGUCAAUUUUUCGACCUUCGUCCGCAUGGCCAAGAAAUGUGUGAACAGUCAACGCCUGUGGAAGGCAAAACAGAAGGAUAAUAAGGGUAAAGAUAAGGCCAAGGGCUCGGGUUUUCGUCGUCCCCCCGACAUGUUGAAGGAAGAGACUCGCAAGUUGUUGGAGGAAGACAAGUGCUUCGUCUGCAAACAGACCGGUCAUCUUUUCAAGGAUUGUCCCAAUAAGCGCAACAACCCAAGUCGCAUUAAUGAGCCAGUUGAGCAGUUCGCUCGCAAGGCUGAAAAGAAUACGGAAGAGACGAAGGAAGAGGAGGAGGCGGAAGAGAGGGUAGAAAAGGCAAGGUCUUCGACGCUGGAGAAAAUCAACCACCGCAUUCAGGAGCUGGAGCUGGCCGCCCAGAAGGAGCCGGAACCGGAGGGGCCAAGGAUGCAGGGGCGUUCUGCUGAAUUAUUCGAGGAACCCGGAGGGCAGCGGAACUCCACAAACGAGCACUCGACCUGGGCCUCAGGAUAG